UUAUACAGAACAAAUUGUUCCUUACCAUAUUUUGUUUUCUUGACAUUUAUUUUUUGAAAUUCGAAUUGAACCUUUAAAAUGCCGAAUCGUAGUUUUUGGAUAGAGGCAAAAGAGUCGUUGGAACAAAAUGCUAAGACAAUGCCUAUGUCGUCUAGAAUAUUAGGAAUUGGUAUAAUAUUUGUGGCCUUUAUAGUGCUUUCGAUUGGACUGAUCGUGGGACUUAAAUUUCCGGGAUUCGUAGAGGACAGAAUAAAAGAAGACCAGUGUGUUGUUAGUGAAGAAUAUUCACAUUAUAAUCAAUGGGAAUUUGAUGAACAAUGGAUUCGGUAUGAAAAACUAUAUUUUUGGAAUAUUACAAAUCGACAAAAUAUAUUAUUGAGUGGUGCUAUUCCUAGUCUGGAAAAGUGUGGUCCUUACAUCUAUAAAAAGACGGCAAGAAAAGUGAAUGUUGUUUUCAGGGACGGGUAUGUUUCCUUCAAAUACUUAAUUUCCUUCAACUUUGAUGAAGAUAAAACACAGGAGGAAUGUGGUAUAAACUGUAAGAGUAGCGAUGAGAUAACAAUGCUCGAUACAGAUAAAAUAGAAGAAAUUGGAACGUUUAAAAGCUCUGAGGAUUAUCUCUUAGGAAACAUUCCGGAUUGGAUCAAUUCAAAAAUAGAAGAACUAAGUGUACGUCAAACAAAUAUUUCUGAGAAUGUGUUUUCUUUGCUAGGAUUGUUAAACAACAGUGCAAAUACAGAGAAUAAUAUGGAUCAUCUAGUUCAAAACAUUUCCUUUGGUCGCUGGAUUGGUAAAAAUGAUACUGAACAGAAAAUUGUGAUAAAUAAGAUUAGAAACUAUACUGAUUUUUCUGAGACUGAAAUGACACGCUUGUAUAACGCUCUCUCAUCAGCGCAAGUGAUGGGUUUGCCUUUAACACAAGAAUCUACUGAAACGUGCAGAACUUUUGUCCACACAAAUACUUGUUCACAGCAUCUUAUAAUUUUAAACAGUUCUACACCGGGGCUUUUAUAUCCAUCUUUUGAAGAUGAUAAUUUAAAAUAUUAUAAUUUUAGAAACAUUUGUGGCCUACUACUCUUCAUACAAAGCAUUAAUGAAUCUAAUAUAAACUGUUUUCUAAGUGUACCAGAAUGGUUAAGCGAGAUGUUUUGUUUUACGAAUGAUACAGAUUAUUAUCAGAAUUCUGAUAUUUCCACAGCGAGUCAACACAGCAUAUAUAACACGUAUUUUAUUCAACCGUUGGAAGAUUUGAAAACAUGUACAAGUCAAACGCCUGCUGUUAAUUCAUUCCUUCAUUUUAGUGAAGAGUUUGCGUGCGCAAUUGACAUAGAACCUCUUUCGGGGAAAAUUUGGAGAAAGACUCUGUGCAGGCAAAAGAAAAUAUCUUUUUUCAAGUAUGGAACUGUUACUGAUAAUGUAUAUCGACUGAAUAUUUCAACUUAUUCAUUUUCAACGUUUUUAAGAGAAUCAAGAAUAGAAAUUUCAAGUUCUGAUGUUGAAAGAUUUAAAACACGGAUCGAACAAAUGUUGGAUGCCUCAUGUGUUGGUAUGAUAAGUUUAACUGUGAUAGCUUCAGGUGUUUUUAUUCUUGCAGUAUGUAUAUUGUGUUGGCCUCAAGCGAAGAGAAAGGUCCAUCCUUUCAUUUUAGAGCAAAGUCAUAAUUUAGCUCAUUCAAGACUAUGAAAAUGUCUAUUAUGUAUUAACAGUAUUAUGAUCUAUAUCUUUCAAUUUAUCAGGCAACUCAUAUACAGAUGAUUCGGAAGUUGGAGAGCAUUUUUUUUUCUUGUCAUAAUUUAUGAUAGAUAAAAGCUUACAAUUGAAUCCAAAAAAAAAUCUAAUAAGAAUCUUAGCCCCUCUCAUUUGUUAUUUUCUGGAAUUGUUACAAUAUGCUUCAAUAUAUUGUUUGUCUAUGAUAAGGCAGAUUUUAUUUUAAUAACCUUAAUGUUCAUAAAGCUGGUAUUUUUCUUGCAAAUUAACGGUAAAGAGAUCA